CCCAUCUUUCCUUAUUUAUUUAUUUUAGCAGUGUCUGGCAGACAUCCCAGCUAGCCGUUUUACCCGCAGAGAAGAUGCUGCGAGACAGCGUGAAAUCUUGGCAUGACAGCCAGUCAGACCUCUGUAGCAGUGACCAGGAAGAGGAGGAGGAGAUGGUCUUCGGUGAAAAUGAGGACGACUUGGAAGAGAUGAUGGACCUAAGUGAUUUGCCCACCUCACUCUUCGCUUGCAGUGUCCACGAGGCGGUGUUCGAGGUCCAAGAGCAGAAGGAGAGGUUUGAAGCUCUGUUCGCCCUCUACGAUGAGCAGGUCACAUUCCAGCUCUUCAAGAGCUUUCGCCGCGUGAGGAUCAACUUCAGCAAGCCGGAGGCCGCAGCCAGAGCACGGAUAGAGCUCCACGAGAGGGAAUUCCAUGGCCGGAAGCUGAAGCUUUACUUCGCACAGGUGCAGGUGUCCGGGGAGGCUCGGGACAAGUCCUACUUACUGCCACCACAGCCCACCAAACAGUUCCUCAUCUCCCCACCAGCCUCGCCCCCAGUGGGCUGGAAGCAGAGUGAAGACGCCAUGCCAGUCAUCAACUAUGACCUACUCUGUGCCGUCUCCAAGCUGGGGCCAGGGGAGAAAUACGAACUGCACGCAGGAACGGAGUCUACCCCCAGCGUGGUGGUGCACGUCUGUGAAAGCGAAACCGAAGAGGAAGAAGACACAAAAAACCCAAAACAGAAAAUCACGCAGACGCGGCGCCCGGAAGGUCCCACGGCAGCGGCACUGAGUGAGCGGCUGGACUGUGCCCUGUGA